AUGGUGAUCUCCACAGUUGGUGUCCUAACAAAUGGUCUUCUUAUUGUUGUUAUUGUGAAGGAUCCUUUAAACAAACCAAGACGAGGAACGUGGAUUACUAUCUUAAGCUUAUCUAUAGCUGAUUUCACUGCAUCUUUGUCCCAAUUCAUGAUUGUUGGAUUGGGUAGAUUGUUCGAGGUCAAACCAUCAGAAGCUGUCAUUUAUUCUGUCCUUUUCUUUUUGAUGUUUGGGGCUGCGGGCUCAUUUUUUCACUUGACAUCACUCACAUGGCAAACUUACAUGAUUGCAAAGUAUCCCAAAUACAGACAUCAAAUGUUAUCUACGAAGAAAAUUUACAUAUUAUGCGCCACAGUUUGGUUGAUUGCCAUUUGCAUGGCAUUUGGUGAACUCACACCAAUUUACAGCAAGAAUAAUGAACAGCCUAUGUACACCUAUGUCACGCUAUAUGCUGUCUUGGAAAUCGCUGUUUUACUUCAGAUCAUAUUGAAGUGUUUCAUACUUAAGGUUGUAUUGCAAAGUCGACAAGACACUAAAGUAAAUGCUAAACAGUACAACACUAAACACUUUGAAAUUGUAAAGGCAAUCAUUGUGCUGAAUGUCUUACUACUGGUAACUGCAUUUCCUUAUUUUGUCGCCAAACAAGUGGAGUUUAUUCAAAGGCUUGGAAAAUACAAGGUGAAUUGGCUUGGUUUUUCUUACUACUACGAACCAGUUGCCAUGGUGAAUUUCGCUGUCAAUCCAAUUGUGUAUGCACUGAGGCUUCCAGUUUAUCGAAACAGUAUGAAGGCGUUGUUUAAAAAGACUAGAAUUGUUUCCAUUCAAAAACCAGGGCAUUCAAUCUUUUCACUUCGUACUAGUGCUAGUAAACCUGUAUGA